GUAUAUACAGACGGGUCAAAAACAAAAAUGGAUUCGUCGGAGAAGGAAGCACCGUCUACACGGCGGCGAGUAUCAUGCUCUACGUGCUUCGACGCUCUCUGGUUUUGCUACUCUCCAGUGCAUCAGAUGCAGCAGUAUUACAGAGUGGGAGUUCUUGAUAAUUGUUCAGGGAAAUGGAGUGCUCUUGUUGAAUGCUUAACUCUCAAAACUAAGAACUCUUCUCAAAUGCAGGAAAUUUUAGACGAGCGUGAGAAAGCUAAGCCGCACAUAUGGACUUUCCGGUCGCCGGAAGAAGCGACGUCUCACUGGAAAGAGUUGUUUGGAGACAGAGAUAAAGUUGAAUGAUAGACCCAUAGAAUGAUAGAGACUAAAGUUGCAGGUUAAUACCAUUUGAUGUGUUGCGAGAGGGAGAUGACAAUUUUUUUCUUCUGCAUUGUUUGACCUUGUAUUCAUCGCAUAUUGUAUCUCAUGAUAGGGGUAUAUGAAAACCGAAUGAAAAACAUUUGUUUGGUUCUUUUUGAUAUUA